AUUUUACAGGUAAACAACAUCCGCUCAGGUAAAAGCGCAAUCGCCGGAUAUUUUCGACACAUUAUGAAAGUUUCAGCCAUAUAUCUGACAUGAACAGUUUACUUCUUAUAUCAACUCUGCUGGUGGCAGUACAUUCACAGACAAACAACUUUUGUCCUAAUGACUGGAUUGCGAAUGAAGACAGAUGUUAUCAGUUCAACAUCUACCCCCCAAGAAAGUAUGAUGAUGCCAGCCGGUUUUGUCAGACUAAUGGAGCUGCUCUUGUUAGUGUCACAUCAAUGGAAGAACAUCAAUUUUUGUCAGCCAGACUAGCAGCUAUUGAUAAAUUUAAAUAUGACUGGUAUACAAGCGGUGAAAGGGAUCCGUCCAGGAAAAAUCCUCGAUAUGUAUGGACAGCAAUUGACCGGGAAGUCCCUUUAUUUGCUGCUUUCUGGAAAAAUCCUGUGGAACCACUCAAUCAGGACAUUACGCGGGAUCUGCUUACAUACUCCUACGACAUACAGAGAGUGCAGUACAGUAUAGCAACAAUGGCCAACCGGGAACAGAAGAGACCAUUUGUCUGUGAGAUCAGCAGAUUCGAGGUGUACAGAAUAAAUGCUCAGAAACGAGGCUUUGACUACGGUGUCCCAACACAAGACUUAAACAAGGUUCCAAGAGGCCCUAAAUUCCUGAUAGAAGCCAGUAGUACAGUGGUUUUAAUGGAGAAAUCAAGCAGGUCCGUGUUCAUGGAGUGCUUAGCAGUCGCAAUCCCCCAGCCAGAGUAUGAGUGGCUGAGAAAUUCAACGGGAGUUAUAAAUUCACAGGUUGAUAAUCGCUACACUGUGUCCAAUGGCAAGUUGAGUAUUGACUACCCAACCGACCAAAAGGACACCGGAACUUACCAGUGUAAAGUGAAAAACCCUGCAGGAGUAAUCAUCAGCUCUUUUGCACAAUUGUCAUUUGCAACGCUGGGUUACUUCUCGCCUGUCCAGACAGGUGGUGUUUUCCCAAAGUAUGGAUAUGGGGCUUUGGUUGAAUGUCCUCCAAUUACAUCUAGUCUUGCUGGAGCUAUCAGUUUCCAGUGGAUGAAGUCUUAUACUCAAGAUGGUUUCCUUGACUCAGAAUACAUAAGACCAGAGCUUAACAGCUACAUAUUUGUCUCAUCAAACGGGAAGCUGUAUUUCUCAGAAGUGACUGAGGCGGACCAUGCAUAUUAUCGCUGUAUCGCGACUCUUACAACAUCAAAUAUUUACAUGAAUUAUAUCAGUACAGAGGGGACACAGUCGAGAACCAGCAGAGCUAUUAGACUACAGACUCAAGGAAGCACUGGUGGUGUGUAUAAUGCGGAAAUCCAGGACAGUUUUAUCUACGUCUACCCACCUGCUCCUGUGGUCGGCAUGAAUAUCAGUCUGGAGUGCUUCGCUUAUGGAACCCCUCCACUGCGAUAUUCCUGGGUUGCCCAUGGCUGGGACGGCGCACGUUACAGCCUGAACGAUCACGAUCGCGUUUUGAAAAUUAACAACGUUCAGCACGAUGACACGGGGAAAUUUACAUGCACAGUUUCCAACAAUGUUGGGUCGGCACCUAGCACAAAAAGUUACACACUCUAUGUUGAAUCCAAGCCGUAUUUCGUCAUGCCCCUUCAUGAUCAACACUUGGACACGGGCACACAGCAGCUGACGUGGCAGUGUGAGGCCCGAUCCGUCCCCUUUCCAACGUACACCUGGUAUAAAGAUGGGCUCAUCAUAACUAAUAGCUCAGAAGGAGAUAUCCGUGUGCACAAGAACACCCUGUAUUUGCAGAAUCUCGAUCCGAAGCGGGAUAGCGGCAUGUAUCAGUGUUUUGCGGCCAACUCACAUGGUGUUUCGACUACAGCCGCUCAGCUGAGAAUUCUCACUGUGAAGCCCACAUUCGACAAGUUCCCAAUGAGCCCCACAGUAUCUGGAGCCAUAAAAGGGCGAGUGGUCAUCCCCUGUCGCCCGGAGGCUGCUCCGUACCCAGAAUUCACCUGGACCCACAACGGGGGUGUCAUCAGCCCCGCAGAGAAUUUGGAGGGCGGGAGAAUUUAUAGGAAUAUUGAAGGCGAUUUGGUCAUUACCGAGUUACAGGCAUCGGACGCUGGGACAUAUGAGUGUAAAGUUGUAAACACGCUCGGUGAAGCAAGGAACAGGACUACUUUGAAUAUUUACAGCCAGACUGUCAUAUCUCAGCCACCUCAGGAGACGAAGGUAGUCAGUGUGAAUAGUACAGCAUUCUUUUACUGCCAGGCAUCAUUCAGCGGCGACAACCUUGACAUCAUGUACAUGUGGCUGUUUAAUGACCGCAUCAUCAACAUCACACAUAAUUACCACUAUGCACGGGGCAAGGAUAAUAACCAAGGGGGUUUGUACAUCAUAGACGCCCAGUACUGGCACCAGGGUAUUUACACAUGUAAGGCAACAACCCAGGUCGAUUCUGCAUCCGCUAUAGCUGUACUUAAAGUGGCUGGUCCACCAUCCGCACCAUCAGGAGUAGCAGCUUACAGUAAGAUGAGCACGUUGCAAUUUCCCUCCGGUGCAAUUGGAGAAACUGUUACCGUCAACAACCAUGAUGCUCUCCUUCGGUGGACUGAGCCGAUUGAUAACCAUGGCGCUGAUGUGAUCAGUUACAUUAUAUACGGGAAGACAAACUAUUCGGAUCAGUGGGACACACUCGCGCAAUAUGUGCCACAAGAACAGACCAUCAUCCCCGGCCUGGCCGACAGCCAGAGAAGACAGUACCACCUGAAGAACCUUCUGCCCGGUGUAAGCUACGAGUUCAAGGUGCGGGCUGUCAAUUACAAUGGCGUUGGAGAAGACAGUGGCAAAUCUACCAAGGUGACUAUUGGGGCAGCCCCUCCGAGGAGAAUUCCAUCCCGUAUCGGGGGAGGAGGGGGGAGUGUGGGAACUCUUCGUAUCACAUGGGAUCCCCUCCAUCCAGAGGAGCAAGGUGGGUGGGGUAUUGGCUACGAGGUGGAGUACAGGAGAAAACCACCGCCGGGAAAUGAGAAUGCAAACUUCAAGUGGACAAAGGAGGUUGUGCAUGGGAAUGUUGGAGAGUUCUCUAAUGAAGUAGGAGAAGACAACUACUUCCUACCAUACCAGGUCAAGGUCACACCAUUUAACAUGAUGGGACUAGGACCAACAGGAGAAAAUGACACAGUCAUGUCAGCAGAGGCCAUGCCAAAUGGUAUUCCCGGGGAAAUCUACGCAGAGCCUUUUAACGAAUCAGCCCUCAUAGUUCGCUGGGUCCCUGUAACAGAUAGUCGGGAGGUUGUCAAAGGGAAGCUGAAAGGAUAUAAGAUCCACUACUGGCUUAAGGAUAUUCAAACUCAAUCCGUGGCCCAACAAAACAUCAUAUACGGGCAGACUGACCAUGGCAUGAUCAUCGGACUUCUUCCGGACACCUGGUACACUGUGACGGUCAUGGUGUUUAACGAUGCGGGGAACGGAGUUAAAGGAGAGAAAGCGUACCAGUCGACGGACAGAUAUGCACCUUUGCAUUAUCCUGUACAUAUAAGAGUCUACCCUUCUUCUGUGAACUCCGUCAAGGUCAAAUUCCGAGGGGUCAGUACGGGAGUAUUGGAGGAACCUUUGCUGGGAUAUAAGGUAAAGUACUGGCGUGAGACUGAAGACAUCCGGAAUGCAGUGAUCGUGGAUCUGGAGCGGAACGUGGAAGGAGAGCUGUUUGAGAUCCAGACCAACACCCUCUACCACCUCCGUGUCCUGGGAUACAGUGUUGGAGGUGAAGGCAAGGGAAGCUCUCCUGAAACGCUCUUCUCACUCAUGGACAGGGGUCGUGUGAUGCAGGUGAUGGUUGACCCCACGACCUCUGAUGUUCAAUACAUUCUGUAUAGAAUGGAGGAUGCUGCCACGCCUUUAUUCUCCAUGUUUACCAUAGUCAUGGCAGUGUUUUGUGCCAUAUUUGCGUUACUGGUCUAAAAAAACUUUACUACGGUAUAUUUUUCACUGUAAAUUUAUGUUCAUGUGCUGUUUUUGUGUUAUUAAGGUGAGAUAUGAGUGAUAUUUAAAACAGAAUUUCACAUUUACCAUUGUCAUGGCAACACUUUGUGCUGUUUUUGAAUAGGAAAGUGAGAGAUAUUAUAAACAGAAUUUCACAUUAACUAUCGUCAUGGCAACAUUUUGUGCCCUUUUUUGUAACUGGUGUGUGAAAUAUUUAAAACCUAAUCAAAUAGCAGAUACAGCAUUGAUUAAUUAUAAAAAGCACAUUCCACCAUUUUGUUAAUAAAUAUGGGCCAAGUAAUUUGAUUAUUAUGCUUGACACUUUGAUUAAUUUCUAUAUUACAUCUUGCUUUGGAAUAAUUGGAUCAGGCAAUAAUUUUGUAAACAAACAUUUGUUAAUAUGUGUGCACAGUUCGAGCAAAAAACAAAAAUCACCUAUAUUAUAGCUAUGCAAUUGCAAAGAUUUGGGAAAUUGGUGUUGAAAUGUAUUGAAAGCAUUUAACUGGAUAAAACACUAAACUUAACUAAAUAAUACAAGACAAAAAAUGCCUUAAAUGUUUAGUGCAUGAUUUUUAUGUACACCAGAAGUCAUUCACGAAGGGACCCGAUAAUCAAUGAUUAUAUAUCGUAAAAUCACUUUUUUGAAUCGUUAUCUUAGAGAGGUCAUGAUGUUUAUUUCAAUAGAAAAUCUAAGAAUUAAAAUGUAUGACCAAGAUGGUUAAAAUUUCUGUAGGAGCUGCUUCCAUUGAAUUUUGAAAGAAAAAUACAUCUCGGGAUACAAACGGGUGAUAAUUCUUAUAAUUUUCAGGUGACAUGAAAGUGUAGCCGAAGAUAUCCAAAUGCCUUAGAAAUGGCGUCGUGUUACCUGAAACUAUUUCUUCGGCAAAUAAUUGAAAUUAUUUUAUUAGAAAAAUUAAUUGUUAUUAUUUGAAUUUGCAAGAGAAACUUUCGGCAAAUAAUUGAAAUUAUUUUAUUGACAAAAUUAAUUGUUAUUUUUUGAAUUCGUAAGUGAAACUUUCAAUUAAAUUUGUGAUGAUACCAUAACAUCAAACUAUUUUUUUUUUAAUUUGGUUGAAACAUUCAUUGAUCAGAUGACCCAGAAGUUUAUACUACAGCUCACUGUUAAUCUCAGGACUUGGAAGAUGUGUGUACAAAUAAUUCGAUUUGGUGGUAAAUAGCUUUGCAUCUGUGAGAUGAAAUUGAAAACUUUUGUUUUAAACAGUGAAAUAUCAUUUUCGGUAUUGCCGCCUAUUUUGUUUGAAUAUGCUGUCUUAAUCCAGGGCCAAUGCACGCAAAGCUUGGGUGAAUUAGCUAUGAUUAUUUUUAAUCACGAUUUAACCCUCACGUUGUCAAAUAUUAUGCACGCUUUUGCAGUUAAUGAAAUACCAAUUGACAAAAAUUUGAAUCAGUUUUAAGCUUAAUAUAAAAAGAACCAUUUUGGUUCAAUUGAGGUAUGCCACUUGUGAAAAUACCACUUACGGUCCUCAGUGAAUAAAACAAAAUUGAUAGGACACUUAAGCAAACAAUUGUCCUCUAUGUCUUGUUGAUGUAAUGUUUGUUUCCUAAAUUCUGAUGUACUUAUAUGUUGAUAUUUACACCAGCUUAGUGUGAAUCCCCUACUUGAAAUACCAUAAAUGUUGUUGUUAUAAGAAUUCAAAUAUGUGAAGUCCUGUUGUAUAAUACCUUAGGCCAGAUGUUCAGAAAAUUGUUAGAGUUAAUAACCUGAUUGACCGCGACAUUGUUACCGUAACUUAUAAAGUUAAAAUAUUUUAUAAUGAGCAGAUGUUUUCUUUAAACAUAGGUUCAGCUUAAACAGUUGUCUCAAAUCUUAUAAGAUUUACUGCAGAUCAAAAUUAUGGCCAUGAAACUUGUGGAGAAGUAAAGAUUUGAAAGUUAACAAGAAUAAAGUUAACAAUGUUGAAGUUAAGAACGGUUUUAACUUGAAACAAAUCUUUUAACAAUUGGCCUGUUGUUUUUUAUUUCAUUUUUUCUGUGAUGCAAUAAUGUUACUGUUCAUCCUUGCCACAUUUGAAAUAUUUUGCUUUUUUGAAAUCCUUUCAUCCUAAGAAGGUCUCAAUUUUUUCUGUUUUAUUUACAAUUUUGCCAUAUUUAGUCAUAGUUUGUAAUAUUUGUGUUUUCUGUAGUCUGUGUUUGUUAAUUUACAUGUUCAAACACUGUUUCAUCAAGUCGAAGAAGUUAACAUUUUUAUUUUACAACAAGGAAAACUUACAAAAUAUGUUGUGCCAUGUAUAAUAAAGCUGUUACUUUAUCAAUGGGAGGACAUUUUUUUCAAAAUCUCCAAAAUAUAAAUGUGCCAUAUUACAGGUUAAAAAUGUUUAACAUUUUUUGUUUUGUUAGAAUCUCUACAAAAUCUACAAGUUUUGAUAAAUGUAUUGAUUAAUGCAUUAUUUAUAAACUCAAAUGUGCUAAUUGACAUUUUUCAAGAGCUGGUGAGUUUGGCUCAUGAGAGUAAAACACCAAGGCUUCAGAAUUUAAAAAUACAAUUGAUAUUUCUUGAACACCAUUUCUUGUUAAAGCUUCACUCUCACAGAUUGACAGUUUUGAUUUUUCUUUGAUUUUCUGUUUCAGAAACAGCUGAUUUUGGUAUCAAUGCCUUCAACUCAGUCGUAUAAGAUAAUUCACUGUAGAACAGAUCUCAAUUGUUUGGAAAACUGCCAAAAAGCUCAUUUUUCUUUAAGUAAUGCUUUAAGCCAUAAAACAUCAAUUUUCAAACGUAAAUAUGAAUAACUGCUAACUGAUCUUUUGACAGCAAUCUUGUAACACUUGUUUCCAAACAUUUUUAUACAUAAAUUGGCUCAUUCCAAGACAGAAAAUAAAUUGGCUCAUUCCAAGACAGAAAAUAAAUUGGCUCAUUCCAAGACAGAAAAUAAAUUGGCUCAUUCCAAGACAGAAAAUAAAUUGGCUCAUUCCAAGACAGAAAAUAAAGAAGUUGUCAAAAUAGUCAAUCUGUGAGAGUGCAGCUUUAAAGAAAUAAAAAUCGUGUUAAAUGAUCAUAUAAUUAUAUACUUCAAUCAGGUAUCACACAGUGGAUAUGUAAAAUAAACAUCAUUUCGUGAUUCAGAUGUCACUGUUGGUAUUUCAUGUUGCUUAUGCUGAUUAAAACAUGUAUUUUUGCAUUUUGUAUAUAUAUAUUUUGCUUUUAACACCAGCACCUUUAUAAUUUUUGCAUGCGCUAAUGUAAUCGGCUAGUCUCUUUUUAGUUUGUUUUAUUUUUUUUUAUUUUUUACAAGUAUAUUUUUUGCAAUAACAUGUACUCUCAUUGUUUUAUUCAUUUUUUUUUUAUGAUAAUGACAUUUAUUCACAUUUCUUGUUCAGACAAACAACCCUAAAUCCACACUACUGAUUUAAGGGUGAUGGACUUUCUAUAACAUUUAUUUUCAAUUUUGGUUUUUACAAUCACUCUUUUUUAAGCUUUCACUACUGUACUUGAGCUUGGUUUAAUAUGUUUUCCGAGAUAAUUUGUCUCAGUUUUAAGUAUAAGUUUAAGUGGUUGUUAAUACAUAUUUAUCUAAUGAAACAUGGUCUUCCCCGGCGCAUGCCAGCCAGGCACUUGAUAAAUACAUAUAUAAUUCACAAAAAUUAACUGGCAAUGUGUUCAAAUUAUCUUUUAAAACAGUAGAUCUACUUAACUUUAAUAAUGAAUGGCUGACUGCUUAUUUACCAAAAUAAAACUACGGUUUACUACAGUUUAUUUGGUAAAUACUUUCAUCCCAUUUGACAAAAUAUCAUUUGGAACACUAAGUCAAUUAAUUGUCUGUCUUUAAGCCCUUUCUGUGUCAUGUAAAGUCUAAUGUUAUCUUGUACUUGUUGAAUCUCAUCACAAAUUACGAAGAAUUUCUCUCAUGUUUUGGAUUAAUACUCAGAGUAUUUAUGAUUAGCGCUAGAAAUCAUCCUUAAAACAAGAGUAUGAACAACACAGGUAAAAAAUCAGAUGAAAGUUCCACAAAAAAAUUAUGAAUUAAAUUGGUAAUUUGCUUGAACUCCUUAAACCACAUAACAGCAAUGCUUGGUUCAAAAUCAAAGAAUUGUUUCCACUGAUAACUUUUAUUAAGUCAAUUCCCCAAUAUUAAUCAUGUUGAUGUAAAUUUUCGCUUAGUAUGUUGAAGAAAACUAUUUAAUUACUCAAAGUUUACAAGUUGUUUUCAAUUGUUUUACCAUUUAUGCUUAAUUAAUGAUGCAAAACAGCAAUUUGGGGUCUUAAAAAGAAAUGAAAAUUGAAACUUACCAGAAAUGUUCCGUUCUUUUUAAUUGUACAUAUUAUCUCAUAAUCAGGCCACAAUUUCUCUAAACUUCUUAAAUCCCUUAUAAAAAGAUUAAGCUUAGCUCACUAUUUUUGUUUUUGAAUUAAUUGCGUAAUAUUUACAUAUUUAAGAGAUUUUAGACUUAAGAUAUUAAUUAUCUUAAGUUUACGAUAAUCAAAAUAAAAUAUUUUUCAUUCUUCAAAAUUAAAUUUAAGAAUGUAUUUUGGCUAAUUGAAAUAAGCUACUUAAUCCUGUUAAGCUUAUUAUAAGAAGUUUCGAGAAAUUGGGGCCAGGUACUCAAUCGAGAUCAUUCUUAAGAAUUUGGAGAAAACUUGGGCCAGUCUCAGCAUUAAGCAUUUAAGCAGUAAAAAAAUAGUGCAAUCUAUGAUGUCUUUUCUUUGUAAGAUGUCCUCAUUUGUUAAACUAUGUUUUAGAUCUUAUAAUUGGAUAUAAAUUGCCUAACAGUAAAUGCGGGGGCAAGUUACUUAUGUUCUUUGCUAUCGAGGGCUAUACAACCAACUCCUGUGAAACUGUACGUUGGCAGAGAGCACCAUCUAGGUGGAUUAAACUAUUUGGAAUAAGGUCUUUGUUUAGGUAAGCAGGGGCCAUGAUUACUAAUAGUCUCAAGUCCAAGUCUAAACUCAGACAAGCACUGAUAUUGAAUUACAAAGAAUCAUCUUUAUUCGAUUUGUUUCACAAAAAUAAAUGUGUGUUAUUGUACAAUUUUGAAUAGUCAUAAAAUUCAACAAAUUUCAUCAUCAAAACUCCACUAGAAAGAAAGUUACAAUGAAAUGAAGAUACCCCGGUAUUUGGUUUUGCCACUUAAGUCUGAACUCAGACUUAAGAAUGUUCGUUGUCUGGUUAGCGCAAUGGUUAGCGCACUCACUUCUCACCAAGGCGACUUGGGUUCGAUUCCCGGCCUGGGUGCAUGUGAGUUUGGUUAGUGGUCACCAAGCCAGACGAGUUUUCUUCGGGAACUCUGGUUUCCCCAACAACACAAGACCACACUCUCGCGCUACAUCAUGCCAAUGAGAGUGAUUAAUAUAAGUUGCAAUAGCUUGUUUCACAAUCGUUGUAAAAUUAGAUUAAAGUUUAAACUAAGAAUGUUCGUAAUCGUGGCCCAAGGCCUCUUAAAUAGGGUUGUCCUUGUGUUGUUAUAAAUAACUUACCCCUGCAUAAAUCAUUGAAAUAUUUUCUAUGACUUGUGUGAAGAUAAAUGUGUUGUAUUUAGCGAUUGAUUUCUUUAUCCCGUUAACUUCUACUAAACGCUAGAUAAAAAUGAUCUUCAAACUCUUGUUGAUUCGAGGAGUGCAAUUUUUGAUUUUUUAAAAAAAAUGUGCUGAAACACUCCCUUAUAUUUUUAUAUAGUUGUAUAUUUUAGAUAGAUUAGACUAGUGCUCAAGAAUUGUCUCUACAGGUGUUUAUUCUUAGUUCUUAUUUUUACAAAGAAAUCCUUGUUUCCUAGUGUGCUUGUGUACAUAAUAUUUUUACACAAAAUUGCAUUUUACUUAAAUUUUUGUUAUGUAUAGAACUACACUACUGAGGUACAUGAAGUUUCAAGUGGAAAUAUUUAAAAUUAUUUGUCUUUAUAAUGUUGAAAUUAUAAAAUAUCAAAACAAAAUAAUUUGAUUAUAAUGUAAAAUUAUCUGUGCAGUUAAUUUAAAAAUAUUUUUUAAAUCAACUUUUUGGCCAAUAUUCAGAGAAAAAAAUCCACUGAUGUCUCUGUAAAUGAUUUUACACUUUAAUGAUAUUUUAUACAUAAUCAGCUCAUGUUUAUAAUAUACUGUUAUCUAUAUAUAUAUAUAAUAUACAUUUUCAUAUCACCGGUAAUUCUAUUUGAUGAUUUUUGCAAUGUACAUAUCAAUUAAAAACCCAUUUGUAUUUACAUAUAAAGGUAAUGAUUUUUUCUUUAUUUUAUGAUAAUAAAAUGUAGUAUAUUA